AUGUGUUCCAGACGAGGAAGCGCCGGAAGUGAGAACGUCUGCUCUCGCGAGGCCGCUGCGGAAGAACUUGCUGCUACUGAUGUGCUUGCCGUAGCAGACGAAGAGCCGGUGGCUGGGAAUGAAGAGGUCGCCGCCGAGGUGACCGUAGCAGAUCGCGGAGCCGACGACGAGCUCGCAGUUGAGGGCCGAGUGGAACGCCCAUGGGGGGCGGCAGACGCGGAUACGGUUGCUCUGGCGGCGCCCGAUACGGCAGGCAAAGGCGUAGACGAAGAGCCGGUGGCUGGGAAUGAAGAGGUCGCCUCCACGGUGACCGUAGCAGAUCGCGGUGCCGACGACGAGCUCGCAGUUGAGGGCCGAGCGGAACGCCCAUGGGGGGCGGCAGACGUGGAUACGGUUGCUCUGCCUGCGCCCAAUACAGCAGGCAAAGGUAAAGUUGAGUCGGGCGCAAAUUGA